AUGUUCAAGCUUCCCACUCUUGUCUUGUGCAUCAUGUCUUUUCGUGUGGGGUGGAUACCACAGGAUUGGAAGCAGGCAGUUGUAGUGGCGAUUCAUAAGCGUGGUACUAAAUCUUCACCCAAUAACUACCGGCCUGUUAGUCUGACUAGCGUUCUACUCAAGUGUCUAGCGAAGAUCAUUAGGAAUCGAAUCGUUGAACUUCUUCUUGCUAAUAACUUGAUCGGAACUGAACAGCAUGGCUUCGUCAAGAAAAAAUCAUGCCUUACCAACCUGCUCUUUCCUCGAACUCUCGAUGAUGGCAUACCA